AUGGGCAUCAAGGGCCACGUGCUCUAUGUGUGGUUGGAGGCCACGGAGGACCUCCCAAGUGGCGACGGCUCCAAGUACGGCAGCAGCGUCAUGCGUGAGUGGGCACUGGACCUGUGGCGGAACAGCAUUCCCUACGUAAGUGGAUCUGCAAAAGUGUUUCGUUUCUUCAUCUUAUCCACCGGCUGGAAGGGGCGCACGCUCACCGACUGCACCCGCCGCGGGGCUGCCGCGGCCACCAUGGCAACCUUCGACGCGGCCGCCUCCGGUCCGGACGCGGCGACCGACCUCCGCCUCUCCGCACACCAGUACAACCAGCUCCUCCACCUGCUCGCCUCCGCGGACGGCACCGUCUUCCCCGUCCACCCGGCCGCCGCCGCGCGCCGCGUGUUCGCCGGCAUGCUGGAGGCCAGGGCGCCCCCGUCCGAGGCCACCAUCACCUCGCUCGCCUGCGUCGUCGCUGCAGACGCCGAGGGCGCCUACGAAGCCUUCAGGCUCGUCCUCCACGCGGCAGAACGCAGGCCUCCAUGCUGGGCUGAGGAGGAGAAGAAGGGGAAGAAGGGGGGCACAUCAGAGGUGUCGGUCGAGCGCGCCGUCGAGGACGUUGAUGACGGCAGCACAUGCGAGGCCGGGGAGGAGAUCAUGGUUGAUGCUUUACCGCCUGAAGUUGUUGACCUGGAACAAGAGGGUAAGGUGGAUGUGAGAGCGGAAGCGCAUGCCGUGGUGCAGGAUGUGGUGUCCGAAGCACCUGAGGUGCCGGAACCAGAGGUGAAGAGUGAGGAGGCGGUGGUCCGGGACACAACCAAGGUGCAUCCUACGCAUCAACCAGAGACGAAGGCCGAUGAGGUGCUGGUCAGGGAUACGGACACAACUGUUGUGGUGCAGGAACCUGAAGCAAAGGGUGAGGUGUCAUGGUCUCGUGAGGCAGCUGGUGCGCAGACUAUAGAGGCGGGCUACUUUUGUUGCUGGUGGUACGGGGGCAGGCAGUGGCGGUGGCUGCUGCUUAGAUGUCUUUGCUGGUUCAGAGAGAUAGAUGGAGGAUUAAAUAUAGCAGCGCUUGUGCUUUUAUCAUUCCGUCAAGUAUUCACACUGCUGGAACCAUACGUGUACAACUGGAAACAUAUUUUACCGAGUUAAGAGAAAAUGAUGCCAGGAGGUGUCAGCAGCAGCGGUGGCUCGGAGCACAGGCGAGGGCGUUUUAGAGACACAUUAGUAUUUUUUGAUAGAGACUACUGGUAGUUAGAAUGAUUUCACUGUCGAGGCGAUCCUUACACAUUCAUCAAUAUUUAAUAACAACAGUGAAUUUAUCUCUAUAUAUCUGCCUUCUUACCUUUUGGGAGCUUGGACUUGCUCUGUAUGAUAUUACAGGGCUUGAAU